AUGUUCGAUCUGAAUCUGGCCGCCGAUUUCCUCGGGAAGGUCAAUUUUGAAGACGACGGUCGCUCGGAGGCGCUGUCACCGGAGGAAGGAGAAACCGCCUCCAGCAACGACGACGCGUGCUCCACACGCGCCGCCGACCCGUGUCUGGUUACUCGGGAUCUGUUCCCGGCUGUUCGGGUCGCGGAUGCCCCCUCCGACAACGGUCCUCCGCAGGUGCAGGGGAAGAAGAGCCGGCGGGGCCCCCGGUCGAGGAGCUCGCAGUACAGAGGGGUUACUUUCUACCGGAGGACCGGCCGGUGGGAGUCCCAUAUAUGGGAUUGUGGGAAACAAGUUUAUUUGGGUGGAUUUGACACUGCUCUUGCAGCGGCUAGAGCUUACGACAGAGCUGCAAUCAAGUUCCGUGGAGUCGAAGCUGAUAUCAACUUUAACCUCAAAGACUAUGAGGAAGAUAUGAAGCAGGCUAACAACCUGUCGAAAGAAGAAUUUGUGCACAUAUUACGUAGGCAGAGCACUGGAUUCUCGAGGGGUAGUUCUAAAUACAGAGGAGUUACGCUUCACAAGUGUGGUCGUUGGGAAGCUCGAAUGGGGCAGUUUCUUGGCAAGAAGUAUAUAUAUCUUGGGCUAUUCAACACUGAAGUAGAAGCUGCAAGGGCUUAUGACAAGGCCGCCAUCAAGUGCAAUGGAAGAGAAGCUGUUACCAACUUUGAGCCGAGCACGUAUGAAGGAGAGAUGCUAUCAGAAGCAUAUAGCCAAGGUGGCGAAAAUGAUCUUGAUUUGAACUUGGGGAUGUCAGUUUCUUCCCCAAAGGAAAGCGCAAAUUCCGGGUCUUUCAGAUUCCAUCCUUAUGAUGUUAAUGAUGCAAGAAUUUCGACGCUACAUAUGGAGAAUCCGACUGCUACAAGAGUGGGUAAUCCACCACCGCUAAAUGGACUGCCGAUAACAACAUUAGCUCAUCCUAUUUUGUUAACCGGAAUGAAUCAUGAAUUCGCUCCCUCGUACGGGGAAGAGGCCAUUGAGCAAGCUCGAAAAACAGCUUCUCGAGAACAAGUAGGUCAGUGGGCCCGUGCGUGUAGCGAUCAGUUUCGAGCCAACCCGACUGCAACUGCAGCAUCAUCAGGAUUCUCAUCAUCAUCAUCAUCAUUACCGUUCUCCGGUUCGUAUCCGACGGCCCUUAACCUCUGCUUCUCUUUGUGUCCAAAUGCACCCUCAACAAAAGCUUCUCAACAUUCAUCUACGCAUAUAAGCCCAACCUUUCCACGCCCUUGA